UAUUUAUUUGCCCAGAAAAGAGCACAUUUGUGUGCAUUUGCCACCACAAAAAUCACUGCAGGGGAAGAAAUUAUGUUCGACUGCAGAGAUCCUGACUUCCCAUGGAGACAGAAAACCAGUACUUCCCUGUGCAGAGAGAUCAAGGAAUCCCGAUGGAAGGAUUCAUUUGAAAACCUUGACCUAAAGCCUGGCAUGAUGAAAAAUGAUGAAAUUGUUAUUAACACAGAAACAAAGAUUGCUGAUGGAUGCAAUGCUGCUGAGAUUUUCCCAGGAUUCUUUCACAACUGCAAAGUUGCAGUGAAACGAGUUGCCAAACAUAUUUACAAAAAUGAAAUGGAAAUGGCUAAUUUCCUGUGUUCAGAAAAUUUUAAAGCAGAACAUCUUUUGAAACCCGUUGCGGUGUUGGAAGACACGUACUUUGCCUAUUUCAUCUCUCCUCUUUGUGAAUACAAUCUAAUGGAGCUGAUUGAAAACAAGGAUUUUCCUGAAAGAGAAGGGCUAACAGAGCUUCGAAGACUGGAGAUCUGUCAGGAGUUAUUGCAAGGACUUCAGGAACUGCAUUCUUGUGGAAUUUUGCACAGAGGCCUGAAGCCUGAAAACAUUUUGUUUGAUAUCAACAAUAAAAUGUACAUAGCAGACUUUGGAGCGAGCAGAAAACUGCAUCUGACACAAACAACACUUUCUUGGUUAAGUUAUGAAGAUGUUGGGGGCGUGCAGUACAAAUACAAGAGAGAAUCAGAUAUCCAGGUAGCAGGAUGCUUGGUCCAUUACAUCCUGACGGAUGGGCAACACCCUUAUCAGACAACUACACCCUACGCCAACGAUCCACUUGGUGUAUCUCUAAAUGUCAGAAUGGGUAACUUUAGUCUUCAAUGUGAUGAAAGACAAAACAAUAUCUUAAGCAGAAUGCUGAGCAAAUCAAUGGAAGAGCGUCCUACUAUUGAGGAAUGCCUCCAGGAAGUCAAAAGUUUCGAUCGCCAGUCUGAUCAAAUUGGAAGCACAAACAGCUACAGCAACAAGAAUGGAAAUAAAGACAGAGCCCAUACAGAGAAUUGCUUUCCUCAAGCACAAGAUGAGAUGGACAUCCCAGAGAAUCUGUGCAGUGAUGUGACAGAUUCAUAUUCCCACACUAAAGAGGAAUUGUCUGCAUGUGAAAUGAGCAACACAGAACAACUGGUAUACCCUUUCCUGGAAAUGUCAGAGGAAGCAGGAGACAAAGAAGAAGAAGAAAUCAAAACAAAACAGGCACAAGGGAAAGUAGCAGAAGAAAUAGCCAUCCAAGGAAAACCGCUUACAAAGGCUUGGAUGGAAAUGCAAGGCUGUGCAUCUCAACAACUAAAUAUGAUGAAAGUCUCCUCAAACACACCAUAUCAACGCAUCUAUAAUUUCUGUCUUUACUGUGAGAAGCCUAAUACAAAAAUCAAAAGACAUCUGAUACAGAAACAUUCUAGAGAGGUUGAAGUUGCAAAGGCACUGUUAUUUAAGCCAGGCUCAGCCAAGCGUAAUCAUUUUUUAUUAAAAGUAAGGAACAUGGGAAACUACCAGCAUAAUAAUUCAGUCCUAUCCUCAGGAAAAGGGGAGAUCAUUCAAGAAAAAGCAUCACUGUAAGAUGUAACACAAUUUCAUUUAAAGACAGUAAAUAAAUAAUACAUGCUGCAAUGAGAUGCGUAUUUAUUUGAAAUAAUAUUUGCUUAAGAAUAUUGUCAAACAAAUAACAUUAUUACUAAAUAAAGUAAAAAAUGACUAAAUAGAAUUAAACUUAGUAAGCUUCUGAUGGCAAAAUCAGCCAAACAGCCACUUAUAUCUGAUGAUGUUAUGAGUUACACACUUUAUCUGUCUUUAUACACAAUUUUGACUAAUAUGUAAUUAGUAUACUACUUUACCUAAAAA